UAACUAGCCUGUAAUAAUUAUUUUAGAUUUUUAGAUUUCUCACAGAAUGGAUAAUCACUACAAUAAUGCUUCGUUUAACUUAUGGAGAAAUAUUUUACUUGUAAAUGCUUUUCUUGGUUAUUGUUUAUUUUAUGUUACACGACGAACAUGUUUGUAUUCCAUGCCCAUGUUGCUACAAGAUACUGCGCUUUCUUUUAAUACCGAAGCAUUUGGUUUGAUGAACAGUACCCAGAUGGUAUUUUACAGUGUUGGAAAAAUUAUCUGUGGUAUCCUUGCAGAUAAAACGAGACCAAAGAUUAUUUUUACAGUUGGUUUAGUUUUGGUUGGAUUAAUAAACAUAUCUUUUGGAUUUUCGACAUCAGUGUUAAUGUUUAUAGUUUUGCAAGCUUUGAAUGGUUUAUUUCAAGGUUGUGGGUGGGCACCUAUAGCUGUGUUAAUCAAAAGAUGGUAUCAUCCAACUGAGCUUGGUACCAUUUGGGCAAUAUUAUCCGCAACAAUGAAUAUAAGUUCAAGUGUAAUUCCUCUAAUUAUGGCCACAUUGUCAGACUACUUGCAUUGGAGCAGAAGUUUUAUUAUAGUUGGUGUUACAGCAAUCUUGUAUUCUGUUAUCGCGUAUGUUUCCAUCAAAGAUAACCCUUCAGAGGUGUGUAUUGAAACUGACAUCAAUAUCAAACAAAAGAAUAACAAAGCGUUGAACUCAAAAGUACCAUUUAUUGAAAUAUUUAAAAGUGAAUUUAUUUGGUUAAUGAGUCUGUCGUACUUUAUAUGGUCAUCAGUGAAGAGUGGAUUGGAAGAUUGGCUUCAACUGUACUUAAUUAAUGAAAGACAUUUCUCAAAAUAUCAAGCUAGUUUUGGAGUCAUGUAUUUCCAGUUUGGAGGACUACUUGCUUGUGUAUCCAGUGGAAUUGUUUCAGACAAAUUAAUGAUGAAGUUUGGAGACAAAAUGAAGAGUAGUCCCAGACUUCCAGUUAUUUUAUUCUGUUCAGCAUUCAUUGUUGUUUGGCUAUAUCUUCUUCACUUCCUAAAACAAGAUAGUCUGAUUCUCAUCAACAUUACUUCGUUCUUUCUUGGAUUUUGCUGUUAUGGUCCCUACACACUGUUUGGUCUUCUUGUGAUGGAAAAUGCUCCGCCAGGUUUAAGCGGAAGUGCACACAGUUUAGCUUCGGCUGCUUCUACAACUGGCAGUGUUUUUGCUGGCUAUCCUUUCACGUAUCUUUCGAGCACAUAUGGCUGGAAUGGCGUGUUUAUUGUCAUGGCAAUUGUUGCCAUUUUGAAUUCUAUAAUUUUGAUGUACGCUUUAACAGUGGAUACAGGGAAAUCGAAAGCGGAAUAAUUCGACAGUAUUUUUUAUAUAAGUAGGGGGGGGGGGAGAUUUUUUGAUAGGUUUAGGUAGAAAUUAAUUUAUUUAUGUAAAUAUUUAAUUAUCAAUUUAAGCACUCAUUCGAAAAAAAAUACCUCUCGGUCAAAUUUACUUCAGUAUAUAAGAAAACUAUUUACGUUAAUGCCGUUUGAUGUGUGACUGAGUUGAGACGUCCGCCAUUUUAAUGACGUCAGCAGUAACAAAAUUUAACUGAGAUAUGUUAAUACUACUUACACGAAAAAAACAGGACUAUGAUAUUUUUAAAAUUUUAUUUGUUUUUCUUAAGUGCUUGUUAAUGUGCCUUCGAGUUGUUUGUUUGUUGCUUAGCGCAAUGGAAGUUUGUAUUAUUUAGACAACUUUGUUGUUCAUUUUAUAGUCAACUUUAUUUAUAUACAUAUUUUUAUAAAAAUAUUA